GGGGAAUCCUCGGAAGUCAGUGCUCGGCAGCAUAACGUCGACAGCGCUUAUUACACGGCGCUAUUAAUUCGGUAAAGGCGUGUAAAAGCCGGUGCAAAUGGUUGUGAUCGUUUAAGUUGAAAAAAAUAUGGUCUCAGUCAUGAUGUGCGUUUCGAAGGUGUUGCUAUUUUUCGCUUCUGCGAUUAUUACUUGCGCGUCGGCGAAAAAUAUUGUUUUGAUCAUCGCUGACGAUUUAGAUUCGGUGCUCGAUGGCAUGACACCUCUGGCAUAUACACAAAGACUAAUAGCAAACGAAGGAAUGACUUUCAAAAACGCGUUCACCGCAUCGCCAAUUUGCUGUCCCAAUCGAGCUUCCAUCCUAACCGGCCGAUACCAGCACAAUCACGGGACGUACAAUAAUUCCCUGGAAGGCGGCUGCUACAGCUCAACCUGGCAACGAGAUCACGAGCCGAACACCUUCGCCGCUAUCCUGAAACAGCAAAUGAAGUACAAAACUUUUUACGCGGGAAAAUACCUGAACAAGUACGGACAGAGAAACGGAGUGUCUCGUGUUCCGCCAGGAUGGGACAAAUGGUACGGCCUGAUCGGUAACUCCAGAUACUACGACUACUCGCUGUCCAUAAACGGCGCCGAGAAGAAAUACGGAUCGAGUCCGACGGAUUACUUGACGGACGUCAUCCAAGGCUUCGCGAUCGAUUUUCUAAAGACUCAGAAAAAAGAUCAGCCUUUCCUGAUGGUACUAGCACCGCCGGCGCCACACGAGCCCUUCAUCCCGGCUCCGCGACACAACGACAAGUACAAGGGCACAAAAGCUAAGAGAACCAAGAACUUCAAUACCUCGUCUCAGAGGGACAAACACUGGCUCGUAAGGAGGGGACCAUCUCCACUGCCCGACAGUGUCGUCGCCAGGUUGGACGACAUUUAUAGAAAACGCUGGGAAUCACUUCUAGCCGUCGACGAGCUCGUGCAGAAGGUGUACUCGCAGCUGAAGUCUCAGAACUUACUCGAUGACACUUACAUCAUUUUCACCUCCGACAACGGAUUCCACGUUGGUCAGUUCAGUCUGCCUUACGACAAGCGUCAACCCUACGAGACGGACAUCAAGAUACCUCUGAUGAUUCGAGGUCCGAAUAUCACUCGUUUGACGGAGGUCAAAUCAGCUGUCAGCAGCGUCGAUUUAUUCGCGACGAUCCUCGAGAUCGCCGGGGUCGAAAGACCAUCCGAUGGUGUAUCCUUACUAGACGCGAGCAACAUCAAUGACAGGACGGUUCUUAUCGAGUACAAGGGCGAAAGGUCCACCACUGUGCAGAAUACGGGCUGUCCUGCCGACGAUGCGGAUCUGAAUUUGUCUCAAUGCGACAAAAAUUUCGCCUGCAAAUGCCAAGACGUCGCCAACAACACGUUCACCUGCGUUCGAAGAGUUGCAACUCACUACGACAACGUUUUCUGUUUGUUCGCCGAGGACGACGAGUUUGUCGAGUCAUACGACAUACUCCACGACGAGUUUCAAAUGGACAACAUCGGACCGGACAUGAAUCGGGGACAGCGAUACAGAUUUCGAAAGCGAGUCAAAAAAAUGUCGAUUUGCAAGGACAGAACUUGCAUCGCCACGAAUCCUCCUCUUAAUCAUUAAUUUGUAUGCAAAUGGCCAAUUUGCAUUUACUUAUGAUCUGCAACAAUUAUGUUUUUUGCUCUCCGUGUUAACAAAAGAAAUAUAUGAAAAACAAAAGGUUGACUCUCUCACUUUUGUUUUCCUUAUAUUUUGUUUACUUAUGAUCUGACUUUUUACGCGAUAAAUCGGUGAAAUACUGAUGAUUUUUUAUAUAAUUAUCUUUUUCAUUACCCUUCGUAUAUAAUAUAACCGAAGCAGUGUACGACUAUCAAUAAAACCAUUCUUUGAAAAAGACUAUAAUAUACACAGACUAUAGUGCCACGAAAGUUUCGAUAAAAUCAAUGCAGCUGCACCGGCAUAUUAAUCUGCGCAAAUCAGCUUUUUCUAAAGAAGUGAACAAAAUCCAA